AAACAAUAUGGCCACCUAUACCUGUACUUUCGUAUUUGUAUUGGACACGGUUAUAAAUUAAAGCUGGUUUGUGUGUUGUUUGUAAUGAGACACCGAUGUGCGUUUAGUAAGGGACCCCGGAAAAGCGUUGGUCGAUUAAUGUUUUUUCAUUGUACAAUGAGCAACGAUUUCACCACCAGCAGCAGCAGAACCACCACCAACAACAACAACAACCAUAAGAACAUAUAUAAUUCAGUUUGAUUUAACAACGCUGACAUGCCUGUUGUCAAAGAGAAGCCUCUUCUCUUCAACCCGUGCUCCAGGGUGUGUAAAGAAGGUUACUGCAAUGCCAGAAUCCUUGUGUGUUUCGGAGUUCCACUUCUACCUCCAUCAGCAAUACUCCUCGGCAUCGCAUUUGGAAGCCAGGCACAACUGGGUCUUUUCCACAUAGCUGGUCUGGUUCUGACGUCCAUAUCCGUCACGUGCAUUGUGCUAGCUAUAGCAAUAUGUUCGUGGCAGAGACGCGGAAGACGACGGCUGUUAAAACUGAAACAACUGGACGCCGAGAGACAGGAGAUCCUCAAGAAGGACCAGCAAACCACUGAUCGCCAGACAAACGGAACGAACGGUUCGUCGAGCUCUAAAAGUCGUCACGCCCGCAAGCAGAACAGCGUUAACAUAAACGAAGGCAAGCAUGGUAUGAAGAAGUCGAGAAAGGACAAGACGAAACGGCGCCCGAAGGGGACGAAGCUUCCACCCGUGAAGGAGGAGGAUCGAAUCCGGGGGGAGGAAGCUCCUCGCAAGACUCACUACAGAAGCAAGUCUGACGGGAAGACGAAGUACACGUCGUCAGACAAAGACAGUUCGAAACCGCCUAUGUUAAAACUACGUGGCGAGGACGAUUACGACUUCGGAGAACUGUUCGGGCCUAGGAGACACCUACGGCGGAGGCGGGUGUUGUCGAAGAAGGACAGGUUCGUGGACUACGACAGCGACAGCAGCAGCCAGGCGGGGCCCGUCAGGAGGGUCCACAGGAGAACCAAGUCGGAGAGCAGGGAACAGUUUGAGGCCUCGCUAGCCAAUAACCCUGAACCAAGCCAAGAGAGAAAUUCCAAUUUCAGAGAGAAACUGUUGCAACACAUGGGACUGUCCGGCGUUGUUGGGGACAGUAAUGACGUGUUUCCGUGGUCCCUGCAACAAGCUAGACAGCGGUCAAAGUCCAUGUCGGAAUGCGGGGACAGUGACAAGGAUUCGCAGACGACAUAUUCUGAGUUUAGUUUUGAUAUAGAUACACCCAGAGAGGACAAGGCUGUGACUAAAUAUAACAGGCAUGCCCCAAUCGCUUGGAGAGUACCUAAGGAAAAAACAGGAAAUACCCCAAAGAAGCCGAAGAAGACUGAGACCACUGUGAUGCCGAUUUUUAUCACAGCUUCCCACCAACGAACUGGAGUUAGGACAUCCAUAUCUAAGUUCUCACACGUGACAUGACAGUUUGACGUCAUCAUGGUCUAGUAAUAAAACGUUUCAAAUUCGUUAUUUCUUCCUAUGGAAGUACAGAGCAAUAGGA